GCGGCAGGAGGAUGCGAGCCGAGGGCGGCCGAGCCGCGGAGCAGCUACCUGUGUGGCCCGGGCGGCCGCUGCCGGGACCUGCCGGAGACAUCGCCAUGUGAAGGGGCAGACCCGGGGCCGGCUCUCCACCCCGCCUCGCUCAAUGGGAGAUCUAACUGGCUUUACACAGACAAUGCUCCCAAAGACUGUAUGAUAAUUCCUGGUGGCUGAAAGAGGAGGCACACUGGGGCCCUUACAGAAGAGGACCGAGAACAGGAGGGCACGAGCUUCCUACUGUCCCUCUGGCAGAAGUACCAAGUGCGUGGCCUAUCUGCCAACGUGAACAACGUACUAAUUGUCAGAAAGCAAGCGAGGCUGAGAGCCACCCCAAGACACUUGGAGCACGGGAGGAAGAGGAGUGGCGCCAGCAUGGAUAAGGACAGCACAAGCCUGGCUGACCAGCAGUAUGAAUGUGUGGCUGAGAUUGGAGAAGGAGCCUAUGGGAAGGUGUUCAAAGCUCGAGACUUGAAGAAUGGUGGCCGCUUUGUUGCUCUGAAGCGGGUACGGGUGCAGACCAGCGAGGAGGGGAUGCCGCUGUCCACCAUCCGAGAGGUGGCAGUUCUGAGGCACCUGGAGACAUUCGAGCACCCCAACGUGGUCAGAUUGUUUGAUGUGUGCACCGUGUCACGAACAGACAGAGAGACCAAACUAACAUUAGUGUUUGAACACGUGGAUCAAGACUUGACUACUUACUUGGAUAAAGUUCCAGAGCCUGGAGUGCCUACUGAAACUAUAAAGGAUAUGAUGCUUCAGCUGUUUCGGGGACUGGAUUUUCUGCAUUCACAUCGUGUGGUGCAUCGGGACCUGAAACCCCAAAACAUCCUUGUAACCAGCAACGGGCAGAUAAAGUUGGCUGACUUUGGCCUUGCACGAAUCUACAGUUUUCAGAUGGCUCUAACAUCAGUGGUUGUUACUUUGUGGUAUAGAGCUCCUGAAGUUUUGCUUCAGUCCAGCUAUGCAACACCAGUCGAUCUUUGGAGUGUUGGCUGCAUAUUUGCAGAAUUGUUCCGUCGAAAACCACUCUUCCGUGGAAAUUCAGAUGUUGAUCAGCUAGGAAAAAUCUUUGAUGUAAUUGGACUCCCAGAAGAAGAAGACUGGCCUAAUGACGUUGCCCUUCCAAGAAAUGCUUUCACUUCCAGACCCGCACAACCUAUUGAAAAAUUUGUGCCAGAUAUUGAUGAACUGGGCAAAGACUUGCUUCUUAAAUGCUUAGCGUUCAACCCAACCAAGAGAAUAUCUGCCUAUGUUGCCCUCUCUCACCCAUAUUUCCAUGAUCUGGAGAAAUGCAAGGAGAAUCUGGACUCUCACAUGUCAUCCAGCCAAAACUCUAGUGAGGUGAAUGCAUCAUAAUGCUGACUGAAGAUGAACCAUUAAUGAACAAGAUGCAUAGCUGACAAGGCCACUGUCCCAUACAAACCACAUAGCUGUUCUAGCGAAGAUCAUUAUUUGGAGGUUUUAUGCACUUAUCGUUUAUUUGGGGACUGUGAUAUGCUUAUCCAAGAAAAUCAAUCUAGUUUACUUUCAUCAGAGCAACGCAAGGGCCAGUGCUUUGACCUGCUCCCAUUGCGGCUUUAUAUUUGUUUUGGUUUUGUUUUGUUUAUCUACCUGGGAAGACUCCAGACAAAGAGAAGCUGCUGACCAGUUUUGCUGCCAUUUUAUCCUUUUAAUAUCGAAUGCUGCCAGUGUGGAGUAGGAUGAUCGAGUCACUGCCAAAACAUGAUGCAAUCUCUCUCUCUAGCUGCUGAAGCAUGAUUUGGUACUUUUUAAACUAUUAUUAUGUGAUCUCAUACAGUGGUAUUUAAAGAAUGGCAUUGAAAUAUCAGAUCUCUGCAACCUGCAGUUAACUGAUACAUGCAUUAAUACAUCCAGUUACUGUUCAUUCAUAGCAUAUGUGCAGGUGCUUCCCCACUUGAAAACUUGGAUGGAUUAUUUUAUCAUUUCAUUGCUCUAUAAAAAUAACAGUGAUGAUGGUCAUCAUAAUACAUGUCUCAACUUUUAGGUUUUUUCACAUACAAACAAGUUACUAUCUAGCUACAUUUGUGUGCAUGUUGCAAAAAACAAGUGUUCUAAAAAUCCUCUAGAGUCCUGUUCUUAAAGACUCUUUCGGUUUCCAAAUGGUCAGUUUGUGUUGAAAUCCAGGCACAUUCUAGCCCUUGAUCUAACCCAUCAUUUCCCCCUGGAAACAGCUGCAAGCACAUUCGCUUUAUCUCAUUCCAUUUUUUCUGAUAUGCAGCUCAAAGACUUGAGCACAGCUAAUGAAAAUCAAUACAGAUUUUCACCUUCAACCUGUUCUGAUCAUCAGCCAAAAAGGAAAAUAGAAAGAAAUUGCCGAUUCAGAAGCAGAGAAUCCUGUACCUGUAAUAAGCACAGAUAUGUAUUUGUGCAGAAUUGAAUGCUGUCUACUGCGCUGCCUUACCUGCAACACUCACCCAUGCAUUAUAAGUGCAUGAAUAUUACUGUCUCAAAAUCCCUCAGAUGUCAUUUAUUAAGCAGAUUUGUUUUCUAUGCAGAAAUGCAUGAGCUUCUCUCCUAAACCACCAUGUGGGUAUAUUGGCGCAUGCUUCUCCACUAGGGUUCAUGUGCCAUUAUUGAAUGUCAAAAUA